AUAUACAACUUGAAACCCUACUUUUACACCUCCUUUCACUCUCGCCUUUCUAGCUUCGAGACCUCCUCCGGCAUUUUCCUGAAGUUUCAGUAAUGGCGGCUGCUGUUGCUAUUCCACAAGCUGCGACUGCGACAGGACCUGGGACUGGGACGAACCCUAAGAAGGACAAGGAAACUCUUCCUCAUACCGAUGUGAAGCUGUUCAACAGAUGGUCGUACGACGAUGUUCAGGUUCAGGACAUUUCUGUGGAGGAUUACAUUACGGCAACUGCUGCCAAGCAUCCGACCUAUAUGCCUCACACAGCUGGGAGGUACCAAGCCAAACGUUUUAGGAAGGCACAGUGCCCAAUUGUGGAGAGGCUGGUCAACUCUAUGAUGAUGCAUGGGCGGAACAAUGGGAAGAAGCUGAUGGCAGUUCGCAUUGUUAAGCAUGCAAUGGAAAUUAUCCAUUUGUUGACUGACCAAAAUCCUAUCCAGGUCAUUGUUGAUGCUGUAAUCAACAGUGGACCAAGGGAGGAUGCUACUAGAAUUGGUUCCGCUGGUGUUGUGAGGCGUCAGGCUGUUGAUAUUUCUCCCCUGCGUCGUGUCAACCAGGCAAUUUAUCUCCUUACAACCGGUGCUCGUGAGAGUGCUUUCCGGAACAUCAAGACCAUAGCUGAGUGCCUUGCUGAUGAACUAAUCAAUGCUGCCAAGGGUUCUUCCAACAGCUACGCAAUUAAAAAGAAGGAUGAGAUUGAGAGGGUUGCGAAAGCCAAUCGUUGAGCAUGGAUGGUUGGUGGCACGGAGGAUGCUUUACACAAUGAAAGUUUUGAUCCUGUGUUGCUCAUUAGUUUUUCUGUCCUAUAACUUUUCUGGCAAAAAUUCUUCUUUUCUUAGUUGAACUAUAUAUUUAGUGACUGCCACCUGCUUCUUAUUGGUGAUUGUUGUGGAAUGGUGGCCUGGCGUGUUUUUUUGUUAAGCAUUCAUUUUUGUAUGGACAUCGUUUGGAAAGGCUGAUCCAAACAUUUUGGUUAAUUUUAUUGGAUUUUUCUGAGUA